AUGCACAGCUUUCUGCCUCUGAAGAACUGGACUGACGAAUUUCUCACAUGGAACAGAAGUGAUUACAACGGACUUCUAUCGAUACAAGUGCCAGAGUCCAAAAUCUGGUUACCAGACUACAUGAUCCUAAACCAAUAUGACCGGAAAAUACGGUUUGGUUCUAAAGACACAGAAGUGAGUAUCAAACACACAGGAGAAGUUAAUUGGUGGCCUGUCUUAGAAUCGACUACGUCAUGUCAAGUGAACAUUCGGUUCUACCCAUUCGACAAGCAGAAGUGCUCCUUUAAUAUCUUACCGUGGAGUACCGCUGAACAGCUUCUAAUGUCACACGCCAAGCUGCCAGUGAUUGAACUGAAAUAUUUUGCACCCAGUGCAGAAUUCGAAAUGGAGAACUCGUCCGUAAUAAAAUACAACGAUGGUGGAUAUGGAGGCUUGUUGUUUUCGCUGACCCUGCGAAGAAAGACAACAUUCUAUUGGCUGACGAUGGUACUUCCGCUGAUGGCGUUUCCGUUUCUGUGUCCUGUCAGUUUUCUAAUACCGGCAUGCAGCGGAGAGAAAAUAACACUUUCUGUGACUGUUCUGCUGUCUUUCCUCGUCUUCACCGGCCUGAUCAACGAUUCGCUGCCGAAACUAUCCAACACCAUUUCAUACUGCGUUCUGUACACAUCGCUACAGACAUUGACCAGUCUAUUGACAUUGGUUGCUAAUGGUGUCAUUAUUUACAUCGAUGCCAUGCCUCCAUCUUCACCUGUGCCGUUUUUUCUCGAAUAUUUUGAAGAAUCUAACUCAGACUCACUGCAUGGACGAAAAUACGGAAACAAGAGAUCAUCUGUGUGUGUUGUUUCUGAGAGUUCCAUGUUUAGAGAUGAUUCUAACUCUGUUGAGAUUCAAGACAAGACCAAGUACCAUGACUAUAAGAACAUAGCAAGAAGAAUAGAUCGAUUCUGCUUUUGUUUGUUUUUAGGAUUUGCUGUUAUUAGUAUAUUCGUGUUUGGUAUGUUAUCGGUGUUUCCUUAA